AUGUCAAUAAUUUCAUUUUACAUCAAGAACAAUUUGACAGUUUAUGCGGUUGAAACAAACACAACAGAGAAGUACCGCAGCCCUACAUCCAUUGUUCUCAUCACACUGUUGGAUGAGAACGACAACAAUCCAACAUUUACCGCCGAAACCUACCAUGCAAAUGUGGCACAGGAUGCAGCAAAUGGAGCUGUCGUGACACAGGUGGUUGCAACAGACCCAGACUCUGGUUCCAAUGGUGAGAUCAGAUACGGCAUCAUGUUUGCAUCCGAAAAUGGGAAGGACAAGUUUUCCAUCAGCACAGAUGGAAACAUCACUGUAUCAGGGAGGCUGGAUGCCAACACUGUGGGGUCUUAUGUUGUGGUGGUCAUGGCCGCUGAUCAAGGGACUGCUUCCAGAGAUACUACAGCUGUAGUGAUUAUUGAUGUGAUCAAUGUCAACACAACAAAGGAAGGUGGAAAUGACACCAACACCAUCAUUAUAGCAGCAACAAUAUGUGCCGUGGUCCUCUUGGCUAUCGUCACAGUUGCAGUGGUGUUCGUUAGGAGAAAGAGGGCAGCCAAUGAAAAACACGAGGGAAACCACUCAAGCAACAUGGAGCUGGAGAAUGUGCGCCAUGAUACGGAAGACGAGUACCAAAGUUUGCAGAUAUCUCAUAGGCGCACAUCUAAUCACACGUACCAGGGGCUGACGGCACGCAGUGAGAACGAAAGAGCACCAGAAGUAACCUAUGAGGAUUUGAAGUUGCCAUCUGAAUUCCCGCGAAGUCAGCUGGACAUCAACGAGGAAAUUGGCCAAGGAGAAUUUGGGACUGUCUAUAGAGCCGAGGCCUGGAAAAUAUCAGGCAACACUGGUGUAACUACUGUGGCAGUGAAGGAGUUGAAAGGUAUGACAAGUCCCGCGGCUUUGACUGCGUUUUUCAAGGAGCUGUCAAUACUGAAGCUCCUUGGGACUCAUCCUAACGUUGUUUCAUUUCUUGGACGUUGCACGGAAACAGAGCCGUUGUAUCUCCUGCUGGAGUUCGUGUCUGGAGGCAGUCUCCUGUCCAACCUCCGUACCAGCCGCACUCACCAACCAUACGGGAACCUGCACGGCGGGAGCAAGUCUCUCUCCUCACGUGACCUCACCAAGUUUGCCUGGGACGUAGCCAAGGGGAUGAGUUUUCUGGCAGCAAAGAAAAUCAUCCAUCGUGACCUUGCAACCCGGAACGUGCUAGUUACUGCAGACCGGACCUGUAAGGUGUCAGACUUUGGCUUCUCGCGAGAGGGGGAUGAGUACGAGAGCACUACCAAGACCCGCCUGCCUAUCCGCUGGAUGGCCCUCGAGUCGCUAUUCCAUCGGAAGUACACCACCAAGACUGACGUCUGGGCUUUCGGAGUGCUGCUCUGGGAGAUCGUCACUUUGGGUGCGACUCCGUACCCCGGUAUGUCCAAACGUGAAGUGAUGGACGGAGUGCAGCAGGGAUACAGGAUGGGCAAACCGCACCACUGCGAUGAAGAACUGUGA